AUGCCAGUGGCGUCGCAGAAUUUGUCUAGUGGCGACAGUCCAUACACAGACUUCUGCAACUAUGGGCUGAGCACCUGCAAUGACGCAGGACAUCUGGUGCGCCUGGACUUCACACAGUUUGGCCUCUUCUGUGACUUCCCCUUGCAGGAGAUACAGGAAUUCCAGUACCUGACAGAGAUCAGCUUCCAGUCCAACAGCGUCACAGGAGACAUAUCUCAGAUUGGCAGUGCUCUUGUCCACCUGGCAGCAAACCUGACCACACUGGACCUGUCAGACAACUUCCUGACAGGCCAAUUCUCAGGCCAGCUGCAGGACGCCAGUACUUCAGAUCCCCAAACACAGUCCUUCAGCCCUUUCUGUUAUUUGGCUGACGGGGCUUUGGUGUUCUUGAACUUCCAGAUCAACAAUAUCACCGGGGAGAUCCCCAAUUGUCUCUUCGCCGCAGGAAGCUCAUUGAAGGCUCUGCUGGCCAACUCAAAUGGGCUCACCGGAACCAUUCCCACCAUCCCCAAAUCGAGCCAACUGGAGUCUUUGGCCUUCAGCGGAAACCACCUUGACGGCCCUAUCCCGGCGUCGCUGUCAAAUGCAACGUACCUGACCACUUUCGCAGCACAGAACAAUUAUCUCAGUGGGACAAUCCCUGAGUCGCUGGGCAGCCUGCCACUGCUGACCUCACUGCGCCUGUCAAACAACAGCCUCACAGGAGCCUUGCCGUCCACAUUGGCAGGUGUUACCACAUUGACAGAGCUGGAUGUCAGCCUGAAUCAUCUGAGCCUGCUGCCAGAUGUUUGGUGGAGCAGUAGUCCUGGCCUGUCCUCCAGUUCCUUGACAUACGCCGCCAUCAAUGGGAACUCGUUCAAGGGGCCCUUUCCCGCCGCAUUCUCCACAGCGCCAAAUCUGACCAUUUUCUACAUGGAUGACAAUGCCUUCAGUGGGCCAUUCCCAAACCCCAGUGCCAAUCAGGCAUUCUUCCCAUCCCUGCGAGUCUUCAAUGCGAGUCACAACCAGCUGACUGGGCCCCUGCCUGAGGCUUUUGGUCAGAUCAACUUCUUCCAAGCGGUGAAUGCCACCAGCCUGUUGGGGGCAUCAAUCCGGUACUUUGGAGUUGCUGAUAAUGAGCUGACUGGAACUCUGCCGGCCUACCUCAGCGCAUCCACCCUCCCCCAGAUUUUUACGUUCUCCAUUGAACUACAGGGGAACAACUUCAGCUGCCCGAUUCCACAAGGAAUGGAAUACUUGAACCUCACAUGCGUGGAUAGGGCAGCAAUAGCACCUGUUCAGCCCAGCACUGUGGAAAAUAUGGGCAAUGCCCCCAGUCCCAGCUCCCUCCAGACGGGAACCACCAGCGUGGAGAGCAACACUUCACAGGAGUCUGCCCAGAGCGGCAGUGGGCUCAGCAGCGGGGCAAAGGCAGGCAUUGCCAUUGCCGUGGUGGUUGGAGUGGUGGGGAUUGCCACAGCCCUGGCCUUCUGCUUGGGUCGCCGCUCCAAGAAGGUGGGUGGCUGGCAGAGGGAGUCGCUGGAGCAGGACUUUGGUGCCUACCCCAACGAGCGCACCAACACCAUCGAGCUUCAAGAAGGCCGCGGGUAUUUCCAGUAG